AUGGGGGCUGCUCCCUCAGUCUGGAUCCUAGAAGCCCUAGCCUUUCCACAGACAAAAUGUAACGUGAGCAGGAAAGGAACCAGUGCUGUUGAAGACACUGAGGCUUUGAGGUUCCUCCCGAUUAUAACGCAGUCUGAGCUGACUGCUGCAAGCAUCAGCUGUGACGGCUGCACAAACCGGAGCUGCGAGAGCGUCCCCAAGCUCCUUCCUCGGGAACUACACUCAGCAUCUCAGCGUCAAGCCUUCACAGCCUCGAGCUUGUCUAUAACAGCACCCGGGCGGGAGCCACGGUCCGCCACACCAGUCCGUCUUUGGUGGUUUCCCAGCACUGACUAUCGAGAGCCAGCUCAUGAUCUCAGGAUGUACGAAAAAAUAGUAAUUAUAUUACUACUCUCGGGUUAUAUUUCUACUCAAAAUGUCUCUGAAACCACAGCUCAUGAAUUACCAAGUUUAGUUUCCACAGAGAAACCAUCACUCACCACUUCUGGUGCAGGACAAGAACCUUUGGUUACUAGACACCAACAAUUCCCAGGAGCAAGGCAACAAAUAAGCCACACUUUCUCUGAACCAGCGAUAAUAGGAAUUAUUUAUGCAGUAAUGCUUGGUAUCAUUAUAACUAUCCUCUCAUUUGCCUUCUGUAUUGGCCAACUGACAAAGAAAAGUUCACUUCCUGUCCAAUCUUCAUCCCCAGAAGAUGCAGACUCUGAAGUUUUGUAGAAACAAGAAAUCCAGAAAAGUAAUUCAUGAGAAUCUGCUCCCCAAGCCAAAUUUUGGAAGAGGUCAAAGACACAAGACUUCAGUCAAAAGAAAAAUGAAUGUGUGAAUUAUGUACUCCAAUAUAUUGUAUACCUUCCUAGGCAGUACAGUUUCAGGAUGAAAAUUUCAUCAUGAGGAGUCCAGUGACUCAAUGAUGGAAAAUGUCUCUACUCAUUAACAUUUCAAAAUGAAGAACAAUUAUUUCCUUUCA